AUGACAGGAAGUUCAACUUGUAAGAGAGGAGUUCCGGCGGCUGCAGCCCUCGCUCGCUUCUGGCUGCUGAUCAGCGAGUGAGUGCGGUGCAGCGGGCGGGAAAGGACAGCAUAUUCUGUUGCGUGUUACAAUUGGGAGCCAGUGUCAUACUGAAAAGAGACUUUCUCCUAACAGAGAGCAGAGGAAAUGGGACGCAGGAAGUCGAAGAGAAAGCCCCCACCCAAGAAGAAGAUGACUGGAAAUUUGGACACCCAGUUCACGUGUCCCUUCUGUAACCACGAAAAAUCCUGUGACGUCAAAAUGGACAGAACUCGAAAUACAGGGGUCAUCUCGUGCACCGUAUGCCUGGAGGAAUUCCAGACCCCGAUAACUUAUCUCUCGGAGCCGGUGGAUGUUUACAGCGAUUGGAUCGAUGCCUGCGAAGCGGCCAAUCAGUAGCAGGCGUCCGUCUCGGGGUUUUUUUUCAGGAAAGUGAUUUAACAAAUCUGCGCCUCUCAAUCUACAGUUCUCACUGCUCCUGAUGUAAUGAGGGGGAAAUCAAGAGCGCCCUCUACCUGCAUCUGCGGGCUUUACAGUAGCGUUGUCCAAGACUUCAGUAUCCAUUGACAUGGGACCUCAGCUGCUAUAAUAGCUGAUUCUAAUGGGACACAUUUGUCCGGCUUACUUAAUUUAGAAGGGUGCUUCUUUUUUUUAUUUUUUGUCUCCUGAUAAAUUCUCCAAUGAUUUAUUUAUUUAAUGAUUUCAUUGAAUAUUGAUUCUAUUCCUGGCACCACACCAGCGCAUGUACGUGAGAGGCUUCCGAAGUCCUAAAAAAGACAGUCAAAAAAAACAAUUUCAAUCUGUUGCUAACAUUACACCAGCGUGUGAAUACUUCAUAGAAGUAAUGCCUUUGUGUGUAGGGUGGGAACUAGGCACGGCGCACACAUAUCCUACAAUAGCGAUGCCCCACAGUCUCCUCGUUAUGCCCAAAUUUGCGAUCAUGCACUGCCAGCCUCUUGGGGCUCAGCGGGAAGUGAUGUGGCGUAUUAAACACGAUGAGCCAGGCCUAAAUACAUUUUUUAUUUUGUGUUCACACAUAAAUUUUUAGAUGUAAUUAGUACAUAGCCUAUGCUGUCUAGCAAUACCCAGUAGUUGGUUUAGCUGCUGUUUAAUCAUUGUUUGGUACUAUAGAAUACCUUACGCUCUAAAAAUAUGGUUACCAUGUGUUCAGUGGGACGCAUUAUCUCCUUAUAGGCACCGCUUUCCUUGUUCCUGGUGUGGCAGGCGGCAGGUUGGGUGUGGCGGGCUGCAGGUUGGGUGUGGCUCGUGCUUUGUGCGGCAAGCCUUUAUGAUCCUUGGAUUACCCUUAAUGGAAUUUUUAUUUUAUUUUUUUAUCAGAGUAGGGAUCACACCCCUAAGCACAGUGAAUUUUACAAGGGAAAGUGCACAAAUUGGGUACGUGGUUUGUGGUUGGCCUUAGUACAUGACUGUUUAAGUUGGGUAUUUCAACAGCUGGAGGCUGAUUGCAUCCCUUCGUUAAAAGCUCAGUCGCAGUUGGAUUUUAUUUUUGAUUUUUAUUUGUUUAGUAAAAUAUUUAAAAAAAAGUAUUUUAACAAUUUGUUUUUCUUUUCUUUUUUCUUUUUAAUUUUUGUUUUGUAGAAUUGGAUUGUUGAUGCCAGUUAUUGUCAUAGGUGACCCAAUGUCAGGGUAUGGUUAUACAGUAACAUUUGUUUGACACAGCGGGUGGUUAUAGAUUCCCUUUUCCUUCAGCCGCUAGAGGUGGACCCUCUGGUCACAGUCACACGUGGAUACCUGAACACUCGCCAGUACAAGCACGGUCGUACAAAUGAAUAUGAAGCUCUUAUUUAAGGGACCGCUCGAUCCAGAGCUGAAAACUUUUGUUUUCGGUGGAGUUCAUUAUAUUGGCAUAAUCGCUGCUCCUGGUGAGGGAGUAGUGCUGGUGCCUGGUUUUUGUAUGACUUCUCUGCCUGUAGCCACCCACUCAGAAACACGAAGCGAUUGUUGCUGUGACGCAAGAACGUUACCGGAUGUAUGCAAGGUUUGGCUGUGACAUUGACUGACCAGGACUCCCCUGAUCAGUACUAGGGAAAAGAGUGCGCAAGCAAACAUACUACUGCUUACACUGAUUUCUGCCAUACCCCGUAUGUACUAUUGUGGAACCAGCCAUACACGUUGCUUUACAUCAGUGGUUCUCCGCUCCCUUCUCCACGUGCCCCCAACAGGUCAUGUGUUCUGGAUUUCUUAAACCAUGCACCUGUGAGUUUAUCUAUUCUACUGGGUUAGUAACUGGAUUACACAGACUAAAAUCCUGAAAACCUGACUUGGUACCUGAGGAUUGGCAUUGAGAACCCCCUGGGUCAGCCAGUAUAGUAUUAAGGUAUUUUAUUGGACUUUGGGGUAAGUGACCAACUGGGAGGGGGUAUUAUUCCUCGGCACACCGGACUUCCUGUUUUAGAUUGGGUUUUGUAUGUUUACAUCUAUUACUGUUACGAGAGGUUCUUUGGCACAACUCUUGUUUUGGUGUUAAGUGGCCAUUUUUUAUUUCCACUGCCAUUCCUUGUCUGUUUUUGUACUUUAUUGUUUUAUUAAAGACAAAGCACAGGCACCUGCAGUCUGGAUUUUAUAUUCAUUCUACCGUUACAGUGCAGCGCAUGGAUUGCAUACAUGUGUAUAGCUAGGGGGUGAUUUUACGCUCCUGGUUACAGUAUAACAUGCAGUAACCUUAGUCUGCCACAAGAUGGUGCCAUUGGCAAUAAUGCAAUGAUCACUUGAAUUGAAAUGUUAAUUGUAUUUCAAGCUUCCAUGAAACAAGAAGAGAGCCUUAAUGUUACUGGGAACUGGCUAUUAAUCUGAUCAUAUUUUAUUAAAGUAGAAUGCUUAUUUACGGUUAUAACCCAGGCCUUUACAUAUAAUAUACCCAGUAACAGGCAUAGUAGACAGAGCUGUAAAUGAGGUCUGUAUAGCAGUUUUGAAGUGUAAAGCGAUAUGUCUUCUAUACAGGAUGUAAACAUCUUCUCCCUGGUGCUUUUCCUGUACACUAAAUACUGCUGCAUCAGUAGUUGGGUUUCCUUAGUCUGGCCAUGCUGGAGUUAGCAGUCCAACAAAAAGCCAGAAGUUCGACAUGCUGGAUCUUGUAGUGCUACAUCUGCAGAAAAGCAAUGGUUUUGCUUACCUCUGUCCUAGACUAUCCCAGUUUAGUAAUGUAGUACUUGAACGGAUUGUGGUGUAAAUAGGAAUAGUGGCCUUAAUUAUAAUUUUUUUUUUCCCCACUUUCGUUUGUAUGUAGAGGGUUAUAGUGAAAACCAUUUAUGUAGUAUGACUAAGCGUCCACCGUACACUAUUAUAGGAUCAUUUGAAAAAUGUCUAUGCUCUAUGUAAUUUCCAGACCUGUAUUGAUCUGCAGUGUUAAUAUAUAACUGGAUCACACUCUAUUGCAGGCAUUCCCAACCACGGUCCUCAAGGCACACCAACAGUGCAGGUUUUAGUGAUAUCCAGGCUGCAGCACAGAUGGUUAAAUGAAAACAAAUUAGAUACUAAUUAAGUCACCUGUGCUGAAGCCUGGAUAUUACUAAAACCUGCACUGUUGGUGUGCCUUGAGGACCGUGGUUGGGAAAGCCUGCUCUAUUGUAUAUAAUUAAAGGAACUUCAUUUUGAAGGUGUAUUUGAACCCAUUGAGCAGCAAUCUGUUCCUACUUUGAAAUGUUUAAUUUUUUAUUUUUUUGUUGUAAUAAAAUAGAGACUGUGGCACAAAGGUGA